GGAGGAGGAGGAGGAGGAGGAGUAGCCGCUCAUUCAUUUCUACUCCGCAUUCCGGCCCCUCGCCGGCCUCGCCCGCCACCCGGACUUCGGGGGCCGACCGUGCCAACUGCGUCGCGCCCUCCCGCCGCCGGGGUUGGGGCGUCGCAUUGCCGCCCCCCGCCCCCCCCCCCCCCGCUCCCUCCUCCUCCUCGACCCGGGAGCGGCUUGCUCGUCCCUUCGCUGGACGGGGCUGGGCUGGCCCACCCACCACCCCCUUUUUGGGGCCGCCCCCCACCCCCCCCCCUCUCUGGGCUUGAAAAUGGAGGCCGACGACGCUGACAGCCCGCCCCGACGCGCCUCGGGUGCCCCAGUCCGCCGAGCUCUGCGCAGCGGCUGCCGGAGCUGAGCGGCCGCCCCGCGCCCCUCCCGCCGUCCGCGCCGCCUUCGGAGCCGCGGCGCCGGCGCCCUGGGUCUGGCUGGAGGGCGGACCCCGGACUGAGUGCGAGACUUUUUUUUUUUACCCCCCCUUCUUUUUCCUAUUAUUUUUGAUUUUUCGGAGAAAGGGCAGUUGCGUCCCAAAGCAAAGGAAUGAAGUCUGGCUUCGGAGUGCCCUGGACCUCGGCGUGGGGGCUCCUGUUUCUCUGCGCCGCGCUCUCGCUCUGGCCGACGACGGGAGAAAUCUGCGGGCCGGGCAUCGACAUCCGCAAUGACUACCAGCAGCUGCGGCGCCUGGAGAACUGCACGGUCAUCGAGGGCUACCUGCACAUCCUGCUCAUCUCCAAGGCCGAAGACUACCGCAGCUACCGCUUCCCCAAGCUCACCGUCAUCACCGAGUACCUGCUGCUCUUCCGCGUGGCCGGCCUCGAGAGCCUGGGCGACCUCUUCCCGAACCUGACGGUCAUCCGCGGCUGGAAGCUCUUCUACAACUAUGCGCUGGUCAUCUUCGAGAUGACCAACCUCAAGGACAUUGGCCUGCACAAUCUGCGGAACAUCACGCGCGGCGCCAUCCGCAUCGAGAAGAACGCGGACCUCUGCUACCUGUCCACGGUCGACUGGUCCCUCAUCCUGGAUGCCGUGUCCAACAACUACAUCGUGGGCAACAAGCCGCCCAAGGAGUGUGGCGACCUGUGUCCACGCACGGCCGAGGAGAAGCCGCUGUGUGAGAAAACGAGCAUCAACAACGAGUACAACUACCGCUGCUGGACCCCCACGAGCUGCCAAAAAACAUGCCCGAGCUCAUGUGGGAAGCGGGCUUGCACGGAUGACGACCAGUGCUGUCACCCCGAGUGUCUGGGCGGCUGCACCGCACCCGACAACGACACGGCCUGCAUUGCCUGCCGCCACUAUUACUUCAACGGCCUGUGCGUGGUCCAGUGCCCACCCAACACCUACCGCUUUGAGGGAUGGCGCUGCGUGGACCGCGACUUCUGCGCCAGCAUCCCCAACGCCGACGCCAGUGAAAUAGAGGGCUUCGUCAUCCACCAGGGCGAGUGCAUGCAGGAGUGCCCCUCUGGCUUCAUUCGCAACAGCACCCAGAGCAUGUUCUGCGUCCCCUGUGAGGGCCCUUGCCCCAAAGUCUGUGAGGAAGAGAAGAGGACAAAGACCAUCGACUCGGUGACCUCCGCCCAGAUGCUGCAGGGAUGCACCAUUUUCAAGGGGAACCUGCUGAUUAAUAUCCGUCGAGGCAACAACAUCGCCUCGGAGCUGGAGAACUUCAUGGGGCUCAUCGAGGUGGUGACGGGCUACGUGAAGAUCCGCCACUCACACGCGCUGGUGUCGCUGUCCUUCCUGAAGAGCCUCCGCCAGAUCGGGGGCGAGGAGCAGCUGGAGGGGAACUACUCCUUCUACGUGCUGGACAACCAGAACCUGCAGCAGCUGUGGGACUGGGAGCACCGCAACCUGACCAUCAAGGCCGGCAAGAUGUACUUCGCCUUCAACCCCAAGCUGUGUGUCUCGGAGAUUUACCGCAUGGAGGAGGUGACGGGCACCAAGGGGCGCCAGAGCAAAGGGGACAUCAACACCAGGAACAACGGGGAGAGAGCCUCCUGUGAGAGCGACGUCCUGCACUUCACCUCCACCAGCACCUGGAAGAACCGGAUCAUCAUCACAUGGCACCGGUACCGCCCUCCAGAUUACCGGGACCUCAUCAGCUUCACCGUCUACUACAAGGAAGCGCCCUUCAAGAAUGUGACCGAGUACGAUGGCCAGGACGCCUGCGGCUCCAACAGCUGGAACAUGGUGGACGUGGACCUGCCGCCCAACAAGGAUGUGCAGCCGGGGAUCCUGCUGCACGGCCUGAAGCCCUGGACGCAGUACGCCGUGUACGUCAAGGCCGUGACCCUCACCAUGGUGGAGAAUGACCACAUCCGGGGCGCCAAGAGCGAGAUCCUGUACAUCCGCACCAACGCCUCAGUGCCCUCCAUCCCCCUGGACAUCCUGUCGGCUUCCAACUCCUCGUCACAGCUCAUUGUCAAGUGGAACCCGCCCUCACUGCCCAACGGCAACCUGAGCUACUACAUCGUGCGGUGGCAGCGCCAGCCCCAGGACAGCUACCUGGCCCGGCACAACUACUGCUCCAAAGGCCGGGCCGACAAAAUCCCUGUCCGGAAAUAUGCUGAUGGCACCAUCGACAUCGAGGAGGUGACGGAGAACCCCAAGACCGAGGUGUGCGGUAACGAGAAAGGACCGUGCUGCGCCUGCCCCAAGACGGAGGCCGAGAAGCAGGCCGAGAAGGAGGAGGCCGAGUAUCGCAAAGUCUUCGAGAACUUCCUGCACAACUCCAUCUUCGUGCCCAGACCCGAGCGGAAGCGGCGAGAUGUGUCUUCAGGCACCAAUGUCACCCUGCCCAUCCGGGCCCGGAACAGCUCGGCCGAUGGCUAUAUCAUCUCAGAUGACGACGAUGACACGGAAUUCCCAUUCUACGAGAGCCGGGUGGAUAACAAGGAGCGCACGGUCAUCUCGAACCUGCGGCCCUUCACGCUCUACCGCAUCGACAUCCACAGCUGCAACCAUGAGGCCGAGAAGUUGGGCUGCAGCGCCUCCAACUUCGUCUUUGCCAGGACCAUGCCUGCAGAAGGAGCAGAUGACAUCCCUGGCCAUGUGACCUGGGAGUCGAGGCCUGAGAACUCCGUCUUCCUAAAGUGGAACGAACCCGAGAACCCCAAUGGCUUGAUCUUGAUGUAUGAGAUCAAGUAUGGGUCCCAGACAGAGGACCAGCGGGAGUGCGUGUCCCGCCAGGAGUACAGGAAGUACGGAGGGGCCAAGCUCAGCCGCCUGAACCCUGGGAACUACACUGCUCGCAUCCAGGCCACUUCCCUCUCUGGGAAUGGGUCGUGGACAGAGCCUGUGUUCUUUUACGUCCCAGCCAAAAAAACCUACGAGAGUUUCUUCCAGCUGAUCAUCGCGCUGCCCGUGGCCGUCCUGCUCAUCGUCGGGGGCCUGGUGAUCAUGCUGUACAUCUUCCACAGGAAGCGCCGCCUGGGCAAUGGGGUCUUGUACGCCUCUGUGAAUCCUGAGUACUUCAGUGCUGCUGACGUGUAUGUGCCUGACGAGUGGGAGGUGGCCCGGGAGAAGAUCACCAUGAACCGUGAGCUGGGCCAGGGCUCCUUCGGGAUGGUCUACGAGGGUGUGGCCAAGGGUGUGGUGAAGGACGAGGCGGAGACCCGGGUGGCCAUCAAGACCGUGAACGAGGCGGCCAGCAUGCGGGAGAGGAUCGAGUUUCUCAAUGAGGCCUCAGUGAUGAAGGAGUUCAACUGCCAUCAUGUGGUGCGACUGCUGGGCGUGGUGUCCCAGGGCCAGCCCACACUGGUCAUCAUGGAGCUGAUGACCCGAGGGGACCUCAAAAGCUACCUCCGCUCUCUGAGACCGGAAAUGGAGAAUAACCCCGUGCUGGCGCCCCCUAGUCUGAGCAAGAUGAUCCAGAUGGCCGGUGAGAUCGCUGAUGGCAUGGCUUACCUCAAUGCCAACAAGUUCGUCCACCGUGACCUGGCUGCCCGCAACUGCAUGGUGGCUGAAGAUUUCACUGUCAAGAUCGGAGAUUUCGGAAUGACCAGAGACAUCUAUGAGACUGACUAUUACCGCAAAGGAGGGAAGGGGCUGCUGCCGGUGCGCUGGAUGUCCCCCGAGUCGCUCAAGGACGGCGUUUUCACCACUCACUCUGAUGUCUGGUCCUUCGGUGUGGUCCUCUGGGAGAUAGCUACUCUGGCCGAGCAACCGUACCAGGGCCUGUCCAACGAGCAGGUGCUGCGUUUUGUCAUGGAAGGUGGCCUCCUGGACAAGCCGGACAACUGCCCCGACAUGCUGUUCGAGCUCAUGCGCAUCUGCUGGCAGUACAACCCCAAGAUGCGGCCCUCCUUCCUGGAGAUCAUCUGCAGCAUCAAGGACGAGCUGGAGCCCGGCUUCCGCGAGGUCUCCUUCUACUACAGCGACGACAACAAGCCGCCCGAGGCCGAGGAGCUGGAGCUGGAGCUGGAGCCCGAGAACAUGGAGAACGUGCCCCUGGACCCCGACGCCGAGGCGGGCGCCGCCGCCCCCGUGGCCGCCUCCGCCGCCGCCGCUGUCGCCGCCCUCGCCGCGCCCCCAGCCGCCUCGGCCGCCACCGGCUCGACCCUGUCGCUGCCGCUGCCCGAGCGCCCGUCGGCGGCCGCGGCGCUCAAGGAGAACGGCCCGGGCCCCAGCGUGCUGCUGCUGCGCGCCAGCUUCGACGAGCGCCAGCCCUACGCGCACAUGAACGGCGGCCGCCGCAACGAGCGCCCGCUGCCGCUGCCCCAGUCCUCCACCUGCUGAGCCCGCCCGCCUCCUGUACCUCGGCGGCGCGCCAGCUGCCCACGGGAGAUGAGCUCCCCGCCCGCGGCGGCGCCGGGGCAGGGGGGUGUUCCUUUUCUCGAUAUGCAGCUUUUUUUAUUUCCUACCCAAACCCUUAACUGACACGGGCCUUCACAACCUUAAUGACUAACAAUAGCAACAGAACACUCGCGAAUCCAGUGUCUCUCUCUCUCUCUCUCUCUCUCUCUCUCUCUCUCUCUCUCUUCUCUCUCUCUGCCUCUCUCUCUCUCUCUUUCUCUCUUUCCUCUCUCUCUUUCCUCUCUUCUCUCCCCCCUCUCCCCACUCUCUUUCUCUCUCUCUGCUUCAGAACUGAGAAGCCCUUGGCGCCAGCCCCAACAGGGACCCCCCUCUGAUCAGAUCAAGGAUGUGGCUGCCCCUUGCGCCCCUGGGAACCCCCCCCCACCCCACUGCUCCCUGCACAGCCCUCCCUGUCUUCACUGUCUUUUAUGAGACCCUCAUGGGGUAGGAACUUCCCUCCCUCCCCCAUGUCUGUCUCCUCCCGGGGGUCCCUGCUCCCCAGAUUCUGCCUGAAUUUCUGCUCAGGCUCCGCCCCUGCCCCGCCCAUCUGUAGGCACCCGUGCAGGGUUGCAGGGAAAGGGACCCGGGAGAGGGACACUUGGUAUCUGGGCAUCCCCGCUCGGGUCCCCAUGGCCCCCCUCCAGGCGGCUGCUUGUCCUGGACCUUUCCAGAUGUUCAGAACGAAGCUCCUGUCGGCGGCGGGGGGGGGGCGGGGAUUAUGGGCCAAAUGCACCCUUCUCUCAGCAGAGGUGGGCACUACCCACGUCAGCCUUUCUCACCACGCCCCCCCACCCGAAAUUGGGGACACACAGCCCCCCACCCCUUUAUGGAAAACCAGGAAUACUUGCUGGAAGGAAAGGGGCCAGGACCCAGUGGAAAAGGUCGCAGGGACACUCUGGCCCAUGUAGGUUUGCCGGGAAAGGAAUCCACACCCUCCGUGCAGCGAGGAGAAACGGGAAGCACCCAGGCUUCCUCCCCCCACCCUCUUUGGCAUUUUCUCUCCCCCACCCCUUGAACUCUGUCACGGGUCUCUCAGUUCUAUGUUGGACCCAGAGACUCGGGCGUCUACAAUGUCUUCAGCCUCACUUUGAUAACUUUUUUACGGUUCAGAUACUCAUCUAUACAUCUGUACAGAAAAAGGAAAAAAAAAGCUAUUUUUUUGGGGGGGUUCUUUAUCUUUGUGGAUUCAAUCUAUGAAAACUUUCAGGUCUGUCGCUUUUCUGCUUGCUCCAAGAAACUUCUCGAAGCCCCCCCAACCCCUCCCAGCCAGCUGGACUUCUCGAACCCCAUUUGCCUUUUUUUAUAAAUCUGUCCCCGCCCCCUCCCCCCCUUCCCCAGGGCUGUGUGGAUAGAGGAGAGUGGGGGCCCGGCACCCCACUCUUCUUGGCCUGUUCUCACCUGGCUUCAGGUCAAAGAAGGAGACAUGGUUGAAACUCAGGUCAGAAAACAACAUAAAAUUCCACGACCCUUGUCCGAGGCCUCUGGUCCCCCCCCCCCCCCCGGGCCGGAAGUGGGACCCCAAUGCUCUCCAGCCUCUGUGAGGGGUGUAAGACCUAAGCCGGACAGGUCAGUGUUUGUAUCCUGGGGUCCCACUGCAGCUUGCUCUGCAGCAGGCACGGUUGGGGGGUGCUAGUUUUAGGGUUUGCCUUGUUGGUUUCACCUGCCCCCCUCCCUGAAAGGCAGCCAGAGUCCAAAGCCGGGGGGGCCGGGGUGGGGCUGGGGGUGCUAUUCUUCCAUGACCACGCUCCCACCCCCUCCCCAACUGGCUCCUUGGUCCAGGGUGUGACCCCCCAUCCCUGGGGCUUUGGAGGUGCAGUCCUACCACUCGGGCCGCAGGGAUGGCAGAUGCAGACCACGGGUGUGGGGUGCAGGUCAUAGCUCGUGUGUCUUUUCCCCAGAGGUGGGGGUUCUCCUCAGAACUUUGAACACCCCCUCCCCCCCACACCAGUUUCCUCUAGCCUUUGUCCCAUAGAGGGGGGAACUAUUCUCUAAUGUGUGAAAAAGAUAAGUGAACCCAGAAGGGAAGGGAUUUUCCUUUGCGAUCCCUGUUCUGAAACCCCUGUCGGGAAUUUAGAUGCUGAGAAAAAGGGCGUCAGCGUGGGGCGGCGGCUCCGCCAGCUCUCGCUUUUGCUUUUCAGACAUUUAUCUACCUCGCUCUUUUUUUUUUUUAAAUGUGUUUCUCCAUCUCAAUGUGGCCCAGCUCUGGCAAUAGACCGUUGAUAACCGGGCACCUCAUGGGCACCUCAUGGGCACCUCAUGGGCACCCCAGGCCGGCCACCUCGUCCUCCUGCUUCCCACGUCCACCUGCCCGCUGUUUCUGGACUGUCUCUGAGCUGUCUCUGUCUCCUGUCUUCUCACUGGCUUUCAAGAGGUGUCAGAACUCAGGCGCCCCUCCCGGCCUGGCCCAGGCCCCCCCUCCCCACCUCCCCGCUUCCGCAGAGCCAGGAGAGGGAGUUGUGGGGGGGAUCCCAGCUCUGGGGAGGCAGUCGCGAUGCCAAACUUUCUCUAUUGGGGGACUGGCUGGGGGAGGGACUGGGGGCCACUAAAAUGCUCCUGCAGGGGGUCCUUCUGGUCAGUUCACCCUGCCCAGCACCAGAAGUGCUGGGGAGGCUGAGCAGAGCCGUGGCCCACAGCCAGGCCAGCCCCGGUGCCCUGCAGGCUGGAGGGCUGAUGGCAGGCCCCAAGCCCCCCACCCAUCCCCCUGCUGCUACCGUUCACGGGGAGGGAGGCGCCUUUUACAGGUCUGAGCCGCUGGGCGUGAGGUUUUCUCCAAAGCGAGGGUGGGGUGGGGGCUCCGCUACCCUCCUCGUCCCUCAGAUCCACUCCCUCUGGGCCUGUGACUCCCCGACCCCUCCAGAGCAGCGAGUCUCUCGUGUGCACCCCCUUCACCCCCCAAUUUCCAUAACUGGAUUUCUACAGCGCAUUUAGCCGAUCCCAGGGUUCCUGAGACUCGUCCGUUGCGGGUCGGGUAUCGGUUUAUGCGUGUCUUGAGCCGGUGGUGUUCCUUGCAGUAGAAAGGAAGGAAUCACCGGGCAGGCGUCGUGCCCCGAUGGGAACAGACGCUUUGGGAACCCUAAGGCAGAAAUGUGUGCGCACCUGAUCGGGCUUUGGUGCGGGGCGGGCCUGAACCCCGCCAUGGCCACGCAGUGUGGCCCAGCCCAAGUGUGCUGGUGCUGCCUCUCCCAUGCCAGCCCGCAUGCUCGCCUCAGUCUCCUCCAAAAAGGGGCUGGAGCUGAGUUGGCUGCCUGGUCCAGCCCAGCGGGAUGGGGAAUGGGUGCAGGCACAGUCGCCACCCAGGGGCUCUUCUCCCCGCAUGCCGUGUGCUGCCAGUGGGGUUCAGCCUCCAUGGUGGGAGUGAGACCUGCCCCGGGGUCUUGUCCAGGCGAUGCCAAAACGUGAGACAUAGUCAGUGGGCGCGGGGCAACCCACGGCUCUGGGGUCUCCCCUUCCCAUCCCACUUGGUGACUUAGAAUAACACUUGUGGGGUGGAAGUGGCUUAGAGACCGGGGCGCGAGGGGUGGAGGUGAUUUUGGCUCUGGUGGUCCAACGCUGGGCACUAGCCUGUGUGCUGGUGUGGACAGCGGAUGGCCGUAUCCGGGGCUGGGAGCCAGGGGCUGGGUCCGGGUUCCCCAACCAAACCUCUCUCUCGCUAGUGCAUCUCCGGGGACCGGUGGCUGAGCGUGUCGCUGGGCACAGUGAUGGUUCCCAAAGCGCCAACGGGUGCCAAGCCCAGGGCACUGGGUCCGGUGGGUCCUGCCAGCAUGGAAGAAGAUUCCCCGAUGCAGGCGUGUGUGUCCCCCCUAACCCCCAAUGACAGCUACCGCCCCACACCUGCCUCAGCCAGGCCCCCAAACGUGCUCAAACUUGGGGGAUAGACUUGGCGUCCACGAUGCAUUUCUGAGUCGGCCGUGUUCUCGUGUCCUGGGCUCAGCGGCAAGAGCAAGCUGGAAACCCCAGUUUUCAGGACCAGUGAGGAAAACCCCACUGCCUUAAGCCCCUUGGAAGGAGUUGAGGCGCAGACGAGAACUUGGAGAACGGCUGUUUCUGGGAGGUGGCUCGGAUGCGAGCGAUGCUGAAGAUCCCAGCCUGGGCGGCCCAGAGGGUUUCCAGGGGGCGUCCAGCGAAUGGGACCGGUGGAGGAAGAACAACGGAUCAAGGUUCCUCUGGAAGUCACCAGCGGCGUCUUCGUCGUGAAGGGGACGGGGUUGACAGCGGCGUGGCUGCCUCUGGCAUGCAACGGUUUGACGGGCUCAGGCCAGCAUCCAGGCUCCACCUCUGUCCAUGGCUGUUUGGUUCCAGCCAACAAACCCAACCUCCACCUUGGAAAACGUGCCUCAGUCAGCACGGAGGCCGACCGUCCACCCAUCCGACAUGGGGGUGCUGGGGCGGGUUUAUUUUGGUUUUGUUUUUUAUUGCUUGGUUUGGUUUUUUGUUUGUUUGGGUUUCUUUGUUUUUGUUUUUUUUUUUUACUAUGAUGCGAGAACAUAAUGCUGACCCAUCUGUGCGUCCACGUUAGUCCGUCCACAUUCUCCCGGCAAACAUCCGUUCCUCAAACAUCCAUUACUCACUCAUUAGCAUUUUCACUAGGGCUCUGUCCAGUAGAUUACGGGUAGUCAGUUGACGAAGAUCUGGUUUACAAGAACUAAUUCAAUGUUCCAUCGCAUUUUUUUCUUCUUUUUUUUUGUAAGAACUUAGGGUAAUUUUAUAAGACAUCUAUAGUAGGUAAUCGCCGAACAUAAUUUAAAGACACUUUUUUUUCCUCUCUGCGUGUGCAAGUGUGUGUUUGUGAUCCAUAUAUAAAUAUAUAUUAUUUUUUUUAGGAUGCCUGUUUACUAGCUAGCUUUACAGUAUGCCAAAAAUAAUAAUAAAGGAUUUUUCCCUUCACCUCCAUCCCACCCUCUCCCCUCAUCUCACCAUCUCUGCCACUACUUGUGUGUGUAGUAAAGGACUGAGGAUGAAUUAAGAAGCAUACUCUGGGGCCAAAGAGAUAGGACAGUGGGAGGGCACCUGCCUUGCAUGUAGCCCACGCGGGUUCAUACCCAGCAUCCCACCUGGUCCCCAAACCCUGCCAGGAGUAACCCUCCUUGAAUGCAGAGCUAGGAGUAAGCUCUGAGCACAGCCAGGUGUGGCCCCUAAACCCUCCCUCACCCACCCCCGUUUUUUUUUAAUAAAAAAAAGUAUACUUCUGUAUCUUCAGUAUCGUGAUCUUCCAGAACCUUCUGCUUGGAAGGGGAUCUGCUUCCCCUGGCCCUUUUGCUUUCGAGGCUCGGCCCUCGUCGGCCAAGGAAACAGGCAGAGAUGUUGCCGUGCCAGGCCAGCUGGGCAGCGGGUCAUCCCCCGCCCCGGUCAGCAUGUGGGGGGGUUUUCUUUGUGACAUAGUAGCACUGAGGGGUGGGCCCGGUUCCCUCCCUCAUCCCGCCAGGAAGAUGUAGUAGGAACAAAGACCGUUAAGAGACCCUUAAGCCACUGGCCUCCAAGCCUGCCUUGGGUGACGAAGGCCUUGCUAGAGCAAGAAAGGAGGCCAGGGAGGUGGCUCUGAGGGUCUGCGAGUCUGCUUUGAAUGCAGGACACCCAGGUUUGAUCUCUGGCAAAGUCUGGUCCCCCCCAGCAUAGCCGGGAGCGACCCCUACCCCCACCCCAAGCACCAAGCCAGGGACCCAUAACCUGGUACGCUCAAAAACCAAAAAAGCAAAAAAAAAGAUUAAAACUUUAAAAAAUAAAGGAGCAAGGAAGAGACCCCGUUUAUCUCUCUGUAAGGCUGAAAGACCUCAUUCGAUCCCAGAAAACAUUUUUUCCCCCUACCAAAAACCUUGUAAUCAUUUUGGUGAUGUGUACUUAAUUUGGUUCUUCAGUUUGGCCGCGUUUCCCAAGUGAUCACUUUCUGUUCACCUUCCCCAAGGGGCCACUAGCCGCAUGGCUCCAUCCCAUCACUGCGAUCCUCUCUGUGGAUUUGCCCUCAGUGGGAGAAAGGUCCACAGAGAAUUUGGGCUUUGUUUUCAAUUUUUUAAUUUGGAUGCUUGUUGCAUAGACACAUCCUCCAAUGCUUGGCAAAAAAAAACACAAAAAAACCUGGCUGCUUUCUAAGGUUGAGGUGAGCUGUUUGCCAGAGUUUGUCUACCUCUGGGACAAAAAAAAAAUGAAAAAAAGAAAAACCCACAAAAAACUAAAAAUCAAGCCACCGAAGGCCCAUUGGACCGAAUGCAUCGCAUAUAAUGCAUUUUCUGAGUUUUCUUGUUGAGAAAUAAAAGUUUUUUUAAAAAAAGUUCCAAAAAACCCCACAAAAAUUGUCAUCACGUGGCCAAUUUGUUACAUGCUAUGACUUUCUCUGUAUAAAUUAUUCCUAAAAAAAAAUAAAAUUUUUUUCCUGUUUCUAUAAAAAAAAAUUCAGUAGGUAAAAAAAAUUUCAAAAUGGUUUUGUAUAUUCUGUUGUAUGACUUUAUUCCUGUUAUUGCAUUAUACUCUGAAUUCUUUAUGGGAAAAAAAAACUUUGUCUAUUUUGAAUGGCUAAAGCGACGGCUACUUUGGUUUCUCUUACUCUGCUUUUUUCUAGUAGUUAAAGUACUACAUGCUUUAAGUUAAAUAAAAGUAUUCUGUAUGCA